UAGUGAGGGAAAUCAGCUGACCGUUUUAGGGGUGCCGCAUUCUUCUAAAACCUAGGAGACCUCCCCUUUUAUGAUCUCGUUUUCUUUUUUAUCAUUUUUCUCUAAUUUUUAAAGAUUCUGCUAAUGUAUGGUGACAUGUCUUGUGUAUCGAUAUCAGUAAAUCGAAUUAUUGUAAGAUCGAUUUUUACGAAGUUCUUAUAGAUCGCUGUUUUCAUUUCUGUGAUUUCUGUGAUUUGAUAUCUUCCUUCAUAUAAAUAAUCGUCUUUGUUAUACAUGAAUGUAUUGUUGCUGUAAUUAUUUAUUAAUAUUUUGCUCUUUGAUUAUAAUUAGACAAAAUCCAAAUGUACUAAUAGUAAUAAAACAUUUUCUAUUCCUUAUUUUUCCGUGUCACAUUUUCUUUAACAUACUUAUGAUGAAUACUCAUGCUGUUUCUAGGAUUGUAAAUUUUUCCCGCGCAAAAUUCCCGUGUCAUCGACUGCCACCCUAUGACAUGUUCUUUUGUUACUUCGGAAGUUUGUUUUUGAGAGGCGAGAUUGCGAAGAUGUCUCAAAGAUCACAAAGGGGCUCAACUGGCAAUUACACUGACCUCUUUGGUAAUUUAUCGUGUUUCAAUUUAGUUAGUGACAUGUGUGUGGAGAACGCGGCUACGCAAAUUACGACAAUGUGCAUUGUUCUUCCAUGUGUUUCCAAUUUCGGAUUCUAUUCUUUCAAAGUUUUCACUGUGGCAACAUAAUCGGCGAACAUAUACACAUGUGUCAAAACAUUUCGAUGAACCGUUUAUAUCGAGAUGUCUUGGAUGAAACUCCUGACAGAUUCUAAGCCAUUGGCGGGAUCAAAGGAUUCUAAUUUCGAAGAACGAGUCGCGUUAACGAAGAGGAUUUGUGUUCUACACACUGAGGAAUCGGACUCGUGAGAUCCAAUCGCAGAUCUCUGAGAGUUCGAUCAGAUCACUCAAGCGAGACCGGUGCUUGAACCUUCAACUAGCAGCAUCUAUUGUUCGGAUUUGUCUGAUGAUCACAUUCAAGCCUCAUUGCAUGUCUGGAGUACAGCACAGUGCAAAGUAGUGACGAACAGAAAGGAGGAGGGGCAGUCUUCGUGAUACCUGCAUGGUACAUUCGUACACGUGUAUGGAAAGGAAAGAACCACGUCGGACCACGAGGACGCGGCACGAGGGAGAACGCGGCAGAACAAAGUGGCGGCUUUGCUAAGUCACCAACUUCCGACGUUAACGGCGGAAGAAAAAUGUCGAGCGUCGGGGAAAGCCCCGACAGGAUGCCCCUGCAGUCGCACUAUUCUCUACGUUGGCACAAUCAUCAGGCUCAUAUACUACAGGCGUUCGAGGCGCUGCUGCAAGCGGAAGUGCUCGUCGACGUGACGCUAAUCUGUGCCGAAAGCAGUUUUAAGGCCCACAAAGUUGUCCUUAGUGCCUGCAGUCCCUUCUUCGAGACGAUAUUUGCGGAGAAUCCAUGCAAGCAUCCUGUGAUCGUGCUGAAGGACUUUACACGUAACGAGUUAUCCGCACUGAUCGACUUCAUGUAUCGCGGUCAGGUGAAGAUUCCACAGGACGAUUUGGCAGGCCUAAUUAGGGCUGCUGAGUGUCUGCAAGUGCGCGGACUGUCAUUAUCGGAACCUAGGCCAGUUUCGGUGGAACCGAGACCUUCGUCGUCAGCUUCAACACCGAUGCACGAUCUCGGUCUAGGCGACUCUCCCACGAUAGAAGUCGCGCGACAGGACACUACCGAGGAGGACGACAACGCGUUGGAAAGCACAUCGUUGAAGGAGACGAACACCGCAAUGGAGCAGUUUCAAUCCACGUUUCAAUCCACGAGGGACCACCGGAUCAAGAUGCCGGCCACACAUAUCGGCCACAUGAACUAUGGUAUCCGAGAGGGUUGCGGUUCGCCAUUGAUGCCGCGCCGGAAGCAAGCACGUCCGCGCCGACGAUCCAGCGAACUAGUGCCGCAGGAUCUGAGCAGGCGUUCCACCCCGCCGAUCAGCUCGAGUCCGCCGUCAAACGUUCUUAAUCUCAGCGGUAGUCAGCAACAGACACAACAGCAGCAGCAGUUGCAACAACAAUCCCAGCAUCAUCAGCAGCAAUCCCUCAGUAGUGCACAAAAUCAGCAACAGCAACAACAUCAGCUACAAGAAGAUAUAGCGGAGAAUCUGUCGAUGAAAAAGCCUAUAUCACCGAGUGGACUGGAUCAGCACCACGUAAAGACAGAAGACAGCGAAGCGACGAAUAGUCCGCGCGCUUCGCCGCUCACGGGAACGAGUCUGUUGCAUCCGGAUGGUCCCGUACAAGACAUCUCGGCGGUAGCGGCGGCAGUCGGUACGGUUGCACUGCCGACGAUGUCGUCGUUGUCGUUGUCGUUGUCGCAACCACAUCCUCCCGAGUACCUGACAAGCCUCGGCCAGCUAGCGACCCAAUGGCUGCCCGGGCAUCCGCAGAGUCAACUGCCGCUGCCGUCACCUCAGGGUCACCAUCCACGCGAGGACAGUCCGCACGGGUCCGGCAGAUCCCAUCCGUAUCAGCAACAGCAGCAACAAGAUCUGUCGAUGGUCACACGACGUAGUAGCUCCAUCGCGGCGAUAUUCACGCCACCGUUGGACGGCGUGUCGGCCCUUGGUGGCGGACUUUUUUCUCACGCUAGCACGUAUGACAGAAGUCUCUUCGGCGACCCGCUGUUCGCGGAUAACUUUAAGCCUGAAGCGCUAAAGGGUAUCGUGAGCACUUCCAAUAUCGGUUCACCCACCAAGAAGGCGAAGAAGCAUCGAAGCGACGGCGAAGUGUCGCGUCGGUGGAACGAUCACAACACUCGCGCACUAGCCGUGAACCGGGCCUUGAGCAGGCCCAAAGGGCAGCACAGCGCGCCGCGAGGAGGUCCGCCCAGGUCAUGGACGAAUAAUGAACUUACGCAGGCGUUGCAACAAGUCUGGGCAAAAAAGUUGACCACGUCGCAAGCCAGUCGUAUGUUCGGUAUCCCGUACAACAGUUUGCUGAUGUACGUGCGUGGCAAAUACGGAAAGAGUCUGAAGCUUGAACAGCUGCGGAGGGAUUGCGCCAACGCCAACACUCCCGAAAUCAUGAAUACGAUCAACAAUAACGUCAAGUCCAUCCAACAAUCACCGCAUAUGAGCCACGGGCUUUCCUUACCUCUGCAGCAUCCGGGGGACAAUGGCGGCUUCUCACAUCGUUCUCUGAUAUCUCAGCCGCAGACCAUAUACCCUGACUUCAUGCCUUUUCCCUUGCCAGUGAAUAUGGUGCACGUGUUACCACCCAGCGAGCGGAAAGCGCUUGGCUUCGAAUCGUCCGCGAAUCCAAGCGGAGACGGUGGCGGCGUCGGUGGUAGCGGAUGCGGAGAUGGAACAGGUAGCAGUGGUCUCGAUCUGGCAAACUCGCAGAGCAGCGAAACACCGUCGCCGAUCGUCGAUCAUCAUCAUCACGAGGCAUCGAUGCAGCCGCAAACAUCGCAAUCAGCAUCCGCGUUGCUACAGCAGAAUGGUUCCGAUUAGGACUGGCUGCACUGGUACGUUCUUGUACGUUAAUAUUAGGUGAUGAUUGCUUUAUUUACCGUCGCCCGCGAGGAGCAGCGGAUGUUUGAUUGAUUCUUCGGCUGCGAAUGUCGUGCAUGUGUUUGUGUUGGUGGGACAUUCUCGUCAAGGUUUCAUUCCAGUAUGAAGAAUUUAUUGUACAAAAAGACGUUAUGUGUGACUUAGGACAACGGCAGGAUCCGUGUCCCGAAAUAAAUAAGGACAACGCUCUCUCGUGUAUUAUGCUAUUUAAAAUUUGAUAAGAUGUUAGUAACAGAUAAUAUAUUGAUCAACUUUAUAAGACAAUAAUGCAACCGAUGCUAGGAUGCUAGGAUGCUGUUUAUUCAAUUCGCGGUAAUGAGCUCAACUUGUCUUUUAUUUCUUUUAGUCUUUAUCUCUUUUAUCCCUUGCUGACUGGUUGCAGCAAUGAUAUUUCUCUCGUUUCUCUUGUAGCAAUGGCUAUUCUCUUGUUUGAUAUCACUUUUUUAAGCUGCUCGCUAUUAAUUUUUUUCUACAAUAAAUUCUUCAUCGGUAUGAAACUACCGGUACACCGGUCGACCUGGAUGCGACAAUAUACGUCUAAUCGGGGGUGAAAGAUUUCUGUAGAAAGUUUGAGAAAAUUUUGAUCUCCUGAUCUUACAAGCAAUUUUGCAUGCCACAGUUGAAGAAUUAAUCGGCGGAGUUGAUCGGUGUUGUGAAGAAAACUCCCCUUCGCGAAACUCCUCGUCGUAGGCAAACAGGUUACAUAGAUUUACACGCGCGUGAUAUUCUCCACGAGACACAUUAUCCUUCACAAGACUGACUUUUACCAACUGACUCGCAACUCUCCCAGGGUACACUCCCGAUAAACAUAUUUGAGCCACGCUUAAGCGUUCAGUAACUGCUCUCCGCUCGUUUCUGUGCUUGCCAUUUGGGUUUCGUCGCUCUGUCUUUCUUCCGUCGGUAGUUGGACUGGGUAUACGCAUGAGAUUGUUGUCCAUUUGGUUCUUGAUAGACAAACUCGUCGGCGAGCACAAUUCGGAAAUUGAUUUUUAAUCAGCAUUAUCCACUCGACAGAUUUGCUCUCUAAAAGUGGCUCUUGAUAGUACAUCUCUCUUGGACUUGGAUACGGGAUUGAGAAUAGCUUCGCGAAGCGACGGUUCGACCAAGAGGCUAAUUUUGCUCAUCAAAAAGUGAGUUCUGAGCAAAAUCUUCGAGUGUACAUCCCGCUUCGAUGUUAACGACGCGCCCUUUCAUUCAGAUUCGGUCAAGUUUGCCGACAGGUGCAGAAGAUUGUCGUUUUGUUUUAUACGACGUUACCGAUUUCUUCGGGGAAACAGAACUGAAAAUCGGGAGAUCUUUUCACGCGAAUGAAACGACGUCGACGAGAAUAUCGUUGCCAGCGCAGCCGAGAAAGUUCUCGCCUCACUGCUACGAAAUAGUUCCUGUUGCAAAAGCGAUCAUAUACCAAAUAGUAUUGUGAAUGAUUGAAAAACAGCAUGACGUCCAUUUUACGGACUUGCGAUCAUUAUAAAAACUCACGCAGCCCGAUUAUCAGGAUAACGGACGUUUCGAACGAAAAGUGGCGAUCGUAUUCAUAAUAGAACAAACCUGAAAUCACAAAAAGAGAGUUUUUUCAGUAACAAGAGAAAUAACGAUUAAGUAACAACACGUACGUAUGUUGGGAAGCUUGCUUCUGCUUUAUCUUUGACAAAUGAGAGAAUAGAAUUGUUAAUUAUAGCAAAAUAUUUUAGUAUUUCCUAGUGCAGAGAUAUAUAUUACUGAAUACUAUUAUUAUCUUUUUUUAUAUAUUUUUUAUAUAUUUUUCUCAUGAAUAUAAAUAAAAUAUGUUGUAUUUGGAUCAUUUAAUGAGACAGAAUUAUUUAAUCUGGUCUUUUUAUAUUUAUAUUUGUUUUUUUUGUUUUAUUAAAAUAUUGAUGAUUAUUAAUGCAGAAGUUUCCAAAUGCAUUCAAGUAAAGUGAUGAGAUCUAGCAUCAACACAAGAGUAAUUGUCACUUUCGCGCGAUUCGCCCGCGAUCCUUCUUUUAUUUUAAUAAAGGAAAGUCUUACCGAAUCGUGCGACGGCCGUGGAUUAAUUAAUGCGAUAAUAGCGAACUCUUGCCAAUAUUUACCGUUUGCCAACCCUCGUGAACCUGAUCUGCCGUCAAUACGGUUGCUCCGAUGUGCAUAAUUUUUUAGAUACUGAUACAGUAUGCGCGAACGACGCGCCACAUCUGUAAAUAAUAUUUUUAAUUGUUGACUGUUUUAUCCUGCUCGCCGCGAAUUAUUCUGUUCUUUCUUUUCGCGACCUGUCUCUGCGACGUGGUUUUCUAUCUAGCGUUUUUAAAGAUCAGACUACUCUAGCAGAAUGAAAAAUUGCGCGAUUUGUCGAGACGCGAACGACCAUCUCUGGCUGACUCGUUGCAAACUAAUAUGUCGACACGGAACGAGGCAAGCAUGCGCGAUCGCCAGCCUUGACGAGUACCGGAACGCGAAAUGCUUCUUGCAGGAAUUCAGGAUUGAUAACGAUGUGAUUCCGGAGAGUUCAAUUCUCGAUGACAUCGACAAAAGACAUUUGCGUGCAUUUAGUAGCAUCGAAGGCUGAACUCACGCUAAUCUGAAUAUUCGGAGAUACAGGAAAAAAAAGAAAGAGAACGGGAAAAUGAAUACGGAGCAAAAACAAUGAACAAACUUUUAAUCGUAGACCACAAUUUCACAAUAUUUCGACAACCAGACGGAAGCGCAGGGUAACUAACACAUCAGGGAUAGCCACAGACAAAUCUACGAUAGAUAAAGAAAAUGCUACAUAUUAAACUGUAAAGGUAAUGGUAAAUUACAUAAAGUUAUAAUAACGAUACGAUAAAGAUUUCGUUAAAGAGAUUAAGUGAAAAGGAGGGAGAUGAGGAAAAUCGGAGAGAUAAAAAGUGGCGAAAAAUGGCAGAGAUAAGAAUGAUAUAGUAGGAUUCGUUAUGUCACACUCCUUGCUACUCCUAGAGAGAAACAAGAUAAGAUAUAUUAUGAAAUAAUAAUACUAAUAAUAAAAAUAAAUAAUAAAUAGUAACUUAAGUAGAGCAUAAACGAAGGAGGAAGCGUAUGGGUGCGACAUGGGGUUUGAAGUAAAUAUUAGAGAGACCACAGGCUUUCGGCCCUCAUCCCCAAAACAGCCUGUACAAUACAAACUGAUAUUAUUAUUGAUUAUUAAUACUAUACAUAUAUAUUAUAUAUACAGGGUGUUUCAAAAGAGUUUAUAACUGCUUCAGCGGGCUGUACCGUCGGUCCUCGUCGCGCUUGGAAUCAUUUGCUUGCGCAAAACUCACCCCCAAAUAUUACUUCUUUUAUUCCGACUUUUAGAAUUCACGUUAGCAUAUAAUAAUUUAUAUUCUAGUACGUAAGUGUAAAAUACAAAUUUACAUAAAUGCGAUCAUAUUGAGACAUUCACCACGAGUUGUUUGGUAGAAUAUCUGUUAUGCAUUUUAUCGGUCAAAUCAUUUGCUGUUUUUAUAUUGAAAUAAAUUAGUAACGAUAGAUUUGCAUCAAUGUACAUUUAAUGAAUUCGCUAUAAGGAAUAGUUGGUUUUAAGCUGUUGCGUUGAUUGUUAAGUUGCAAGCAUUUAUUGAAAGUUGAGACAAUUUAUAGAAAAGAAAUCUGCAGUUUUCUGUUCCUUUACACUAGAAUAAUCUUGUUUAAUUGAAAUUUAAGUCGGAUUUCGUCAUUAAUAUUUUAUUUCCAUUUCCGUAAGUAGCCAUUCUCAUUUCCGUGGCUAAUAUCGAACUUCGUUAGGAUGGCACUCGAGCAGCGGACGUUCAAGAUGGUACAGCCACGUUGAAAAUGGUUUUAACAAUUUUUUAUCCACUCUGUUGACGCGAGAGAAAGAUUGAGAAACAGAGACGCAUAAGAGGAAUAUUACGUUGUAACUGUAUGUAACGACUCGCACAGACAAUGACUGUUCGUAUGCGUGCGGGAGUGUAUGCAAGAGGUACAUAUAUAUUAUAUAAUAUAUAGACAUAUGUGAUAUAGGCACCACAUGUGCAGACUUCAGUAUUAUUUUGCAGUUUAACGGAAAAAAAACGAUCGGUACGUUAGUUAGAUACCUGAAAUCUCGCGCCUUGUUUCGUUGUUCGUAGGCACCCCUUUAGGAGAAUGAACAUAAGAGAGCAUUCGUCCCCGAUCGCGAUGUUUAUCGUCUCUCGCCUCUCUCGCGAGAGGCGACGCGCAAAGCUUUAAAGGAGGGAAAAAAUGAGGAAAAAGGGAAAAGAAUUAAAGGUACUGUUUUGUGAGAGAGAAUCUUAAGCAUGAAAGGAAGAGAGAGAGAGAGAGCGAGAGAGAGAGGGAGAGAAUGACACAUGUAGGUACACAGAAAUAGAGGAAAAGGAGCAUUAUCAGUGUCGCGCAUAGGGUGUGGAGAGACGCGUAUCGAUUGGUUACUUUAUUAUCGCGAAGGGAUAUUACAACUUUAUGUCAAGGGAUAUUACAUACUUUAUCAGAAAAUAAGUUAAAUUAAAAUUAAAAGAUAAUUAGUUAAAUUUAAAUCGACGCGUUGUCAACUUAACAUGUGAGUAACGACGGACGACGAACGAACAAAAACGUACGCGAAGGAAAAUUUUAGACAAAUUUGAUUUUGCAUUCGCGCGCUGUUCGUCUCUUGUUUGAAUAUUCAGCUAUAUGCUCGACGAUCGGCAUACGUAAAAUAAUUAUAAUUCAAGAUUAGUCAUGUAAUAAUUAUUACAAUUUAUUAUUACAAUUUUGAAUGGAGGCACGCACGUACGAAGCUAUAGUAGCUAUAGCUAUAGUAGCUAUAGCGGAACACCACGGGUUGUAUCCGAAUGUUGAGAUCGUAUAUUUCCAUUGAAUGUUAAAUAAUAUUAUCUUGUUAUUUUCAUCAGAGACUUAAAACAGAUAGAUUUUAUACAUGUCCACUUCAAAUGAAAAAUGAUUUUAAAAGAAAAUUUUUACUCUGCAUUGUCUUGUUAUUAUAUCUAAGUAUCAUAUUUUAUCUGUGAAUUAUUUCUCGAUUUGUUUAUGUUUUACUUUCAAAAGCAACAUCUCUACUCAGUUUUUUUUUUAAUAAUUGUUAAGUACUAUCUAGUAGUAUUCUAACUUGUAAUCUUAAAUUUUUAAUUUCUUAUUACGUUGCGCCGUUUUUGUCAUGAAUUGCAUGUGAUCGAUUUGUUAAAUCAGCAUCAUAAAUCUUUUCAAGUGUGGAUAUGACAUAUCAUUAAUGUUGUCGUGACGCAUUGUUGCUUCGGAUUGUUAAUACGUAUAUUUUAUUUCACAAAUGCCGUUGCAUGAUAGCUGAAAGGUUACAAGAACGCGUUUGCAUUCUAAUUUUAAGCGCAAUCUUCUUUUAUUGCGUUAUGCGUUGCCUUUGUGUUAAGAACUGUAUUUUCGUUAAUUUUUAAAAGAAGUGUUAUCGUUAUUAUUAUUAUCAUCAUCUUAUCGACUGGCAAUGUAAUCCUUGCAUCCCCAUAUGUAACAGAGAUUGGAACUGAUUUAAUUUCUGUGAUUUUAAUAUUUAAUGUAACGCAGCAAAAACCGAAAUAAAGAAAGCGCGUCAUAUCGCAUCUGUUUUCUUACAUUGGCAAUAUCAAAGAACGAUAUCACCAAAAUUCAUAUUCCUAUCUCUGAUUCGCAUGCAUCGAUAAUAUAUGUGGUUUUCUUGUACAUGUUGCCACACGAUUAAAUUAUGUUGUACUGUUACAAAUACUAUCUACUUUUAUUGGACACUGACUACUAUGUUAGGCACUGACUUACGACUGACAAAUGAGGCAGGAUAUUUUAUUUUUACGAGACUCCGAUCAGCGAAGUCACCAUUUUAAGUUCCUACAAUACAAAAAACAACUAUAACACUCUCUGAUAACUAAAACAAAUCGGAAGUAGUAUUAUCUUACUUAUUUUGUAAGAGAAAAUAACGGACAGAGAAUGAAAGUGGAAAAAGGAAAUGGAAGCGUAGCGGUGUGAAAGUAAAAGAGAGAAUGAGAAUAUAGAGAGUGAAAAAGAUGAAGGAAGGGAGAGAGAGAGACAGAGAGAGAGAAUGUUUAACAAAGAGAUACGCCUCCACUAAAUAUUAUUUUUAAUUUCGUGUAAUCUAAAAUUGUACAUAAAAUCGGAAAUAAAUGCGCUGUCGAUUAUUUAUGCGUAAUACAUAGGUAUACAUACUUAUAUAUAUAUAUAUAUAUAUUAUACAUAUACAUAUAUUUAUCGAUAAUUGUGCAUCGCGGCAUUGUUCUUCGGAUACAAUCUUUAAUCGAGAAGAAGAGACGAGAAACAGAAACACAAAAACGACGAAGCAAGCGAACACAUUGUAAGAACACGUAGUUUCUGCGUCGCGCGUCGCAUCGCAAAAACGCGGCACGUGUAACAUCCGACAUCAUAUUUUCAUCGCAUGAUAGCGUUGUCGCUCCUACUUCCGCAUUCGACGUAUCGCACAUACAUUACAGAAAUUCGUUGUUAUCAGCGGCAACGCUGUUAAGCAUGUGUUUCACGCCCCCACGCCGCAAAUUCCGAUUGAAGUGUAUCGGCCGAUUCGGUCCUGAGUCGCGAGACUUUCCCGCCGAACGCAGUUCAAACGGAAGUUCACAGCGUGCGAUGCGAGCGGUCGUUGGGAGAUGUCGCUUGGAACUCUCCCGGGGAGAAUCCCUCGAACUUCUCCACCGCGAGGGGUUUAUCAACCGGCGGCACAUUCGAACGACCGAGACUCGAGUUACCGAUGGCUCGUACAAGACUUGUUCCCACCGCAGCUUCUCUCGCAGUUGUUACUUGGCGGGAUGGUUACUUGCUGCGGGAUCUACCUUCUCCGAACGAUCGUUUUCUGCCUUUUAUUGUUUCCCUUCGCUGCGACCUGUUCGUGCAUUAUCGCCGACGUCGCCAACGCAGAAAUCACGGUUUCGGACGUCAUCAGAGACUUCACAUUGUAUAAAAAAAAAAACGCAAAAAGAAAAAACAGGAACCGGAAACGAUACAGAUGAAAUAGUUACUUGCAUCGGUUGUGCUGUCACGUAGUUCCUAAAUCGCCCUAGCCUCGCCCCGAGCGCAUGAUAAAAUGAAAUACGUACGAGCGUAUGUAUGAAUGAACGUACGUGCGAUCGAGUUAUUUCGGGGUACGGUAAACGAUACGCCAUCGGUGCUGCUGCUCUCGCGCGUGUGCUUAUCGACGUUCUGAUUAUUAUUAGCUUUCCGCUAAAAGUCGCUUAGGAGGAAAAUCGAACAUGAUGAAUUCAAAAAUUUGUCAUUCCCUUCUCGCGACAUCACGUGUGAAUGUUUUGUCGUAUCUUUUAUAUAUUUUUUAAAAGAGUUAUUCCAUAUCAUGGUAAUGAAUUUAAUCAAUCAAUCAAGUUUAUUACUUUCAGCUUUCGUCAAGAAAGGGACUUGGUUUAUAAUUAAAUACUUAAACUCAUUCAUUCAUGCAUUCCCUACUUUUCUAAUCUAACUACUUUACAGUAUUCGCGAUCGGAGCAUUUAACUUCUUUUCUUAUCCACUAAAAACCACUAAAUCCACUUAAUUUAUAUAAUUUAGCCAGUUUACAUUUUACAUUAACCUGGUUAAAGAAUUUAAUCUUGUUUUCUAAUUCUCAUUAUGAUCGAUCUUGGUCUCUCUUAUUUCUCCGUCGACAAUGACAGCUCUUUCUAGCUAUUGUUUAAACGUGAAAUGAGAAAUGUCUUGUUUUGAGAAACUCAUCCUUGCGCGUGAUAAACAUCAUGUUUUAUAAGAAGAGGAAGAAGGACAUUUCGAUAAAGAAAUCUUUGCUGGCGUGCCAAUGCAUUGCAAUUAGUGUCCUAAUUUCGAUAGGCAAGCACGAUUCUUUUGGCGCAAAGGUGCGCCGUUUGAAACGACGGAUAUCGUCUUCGGUACGUAUUUGCAAGAGCGAAAAGGGAGGAACAAAGACUGGUAUUCUUACUUCGCUUUUAAGCGCGAUUUAAGUAAAAGCGUCUGUCAUACGCGAAUUAACGUGUCGAGAGAACGCUUUUAGCUGAAGCCGUCUCCCCGAAAGCGUGGUAUAACCGACGUAAAGAGCGACGCAACUAUAUAUACCGUUUCUCAUAAGAAGUGGAAUAUGUAGAUACCGGUGGAUCGUAUUUUACCGUACGACGAAAGAGAAGUGAGUGGUGGAAGUGAAGUGGAAGAGAUCGAGAGAGUGCGAGAGAGAGAGAGAGAGAGAGAGAGAGAGAGAAAGAGUGCGAAAGAGAGAGAGGAAGAAACAAGAUGCGCUGAUAAGAUACAAUGCGGAACAUGAUGAGAUAGAGUAGCGUGCGAUAAUUAUAGCAGUGAGCGCGUAUGUUAUAUUCGAAUGAGAAAUAUAGAGGGUGUGGGAGAGACAGAGAGGGAGAGAACGGAAGACCCUCGGUUAUAGAGAGCGGAAACAGCACAUCGCAGAUUAUAAUAUAACGAUAUAUUUAUACUAAUUACAAUUGUACCAUAACGAUUAUAAUACUACUUAUUAUAUUAUACAGAGCCGCCGCCACCCAGUAUAUUUUUUACAGGUUUACAUUGUAUUACAGUUUAUAAAGUUUGAUAUACAAUAAAAGGAACGAUUACCUAAGCGCAGAGCGCGCCCGCGGCGGCAGCCGGCGCGUCCCGUCUAUUUAUAGGGUGGGAACAGCCGAACGAUUAAGACCGCCGUGGCGCGCACUGCGUCACACUAUACUACAAUACUUCCGAGUGUUGGAGGAUCGACGUUGCGAGAGCAGGCAAGUGUUAUCUUCGCGAUCGGCACGCGGAUCGUUUUCCCGGGUGAGAAGCAUCGUGACACGAUAUUGCCAAAGCGAGGCCUCUCCUCGGCGGGGGUGAACCUUCGACUUUAAUUAAUUAAUUAAAUUAACGGUUGUUAGUUUAGAGAGCACAAAGAGAGUCAUACAAUUGGGAGACCGAUGGAGACCAGAAAGAGAAAGACCAGGUUCACGCUGCUGUUAGCUGAUCCUUCACGAAUGGACGAGGUUUUCUUUUUCACUUGUCGCGAAAAAUCCGAAGAAGGGAUCUCUAAACCCCGAUGGAGUAUUAAGGGACAGACGCGUUAGACACGAUCGACCUCGAGACUCCAACACUCGCCGCCGAUAAAUGGAUAAAUGAACGCUACAUAACUUGUGAUACGUUUACCGCUGGUUACUACAGAGACUUCCUAGUCGAUCCUACGGCAGGUUCGGCACCACUAGUUCACUCACGCACACAACUCAACGUUUAUACGGAUUUAUUAUUACGGAUUUAUUGAUUAAUCGAAUUAUUGCGUAACGGUAAUUAAAUUAGGUGAGAUACUUAAACGCGCGGGGAGACUACAAAGCAAAACCAAGUGGUUUCAAGCGAAUCAAUUAUGUACGGUGUGAAUGCGCACACGAGGCUAGGACGAGGCUAGCUACCUAAACCCCACGUUCAUUCUGCGGACUAACACGUACACAUGGAUUACACACACUCCGUAUGCGGACACAGAUACACACAAUCCAAUCGUAUUCACUCUAAAUCAUAAUAAAAUCUGUACAUACAAUUGCAA